AGGCUUUGGAGCAGCUGGCCAGCCUCGUCGCUCUCCAUCAUCCUAUGCUCGUAACAAGCACCGUCGCCAAGCGGGAGUGCACGGGAACGGGAUAGAGGCUCAUACUAACGGAUUGAUCUGAAUAUUUUCAAGAUAUUGGACGGAACUGAUUUAGGGUCAACGGCAUGGUCGAGCGAACAGCAUUUCUGUUGUUAUGGGUGGCAACCUUGACGCUGACAUCGGAGGUGCCAUCUGAUGACUCAGUGGCUCUGCUAGUGGAGCCCCAGGUAGCCAUGUUCUGUGGGAAGCUCAACAUGCACGUCAACGUCCAGAGUGGCAAGUGGGAGCCAGACCCCUCCGGCACCAAGAGCUGCAUCGGAACCAAGGAGGGCAUCCUGCAGUACUGCCAGGAGGUGUACCCUGAGCUCCAGAGCACAAACGUGGUGGAGGCCAAUCAGCCAGUCAGCAUCCAGAACUGGUGCAAGAAGGGACGCAAGCAGUGUCGCAGUCACACACACAUCGUGGUGCCCUACCGCUGCCUGGUUGGGGAGUUUGUGAGUGAUGCGUUGCUGGUUCCUGAUAAGUGCAAGUUCCUGCACCAGGAGAGAAUGGACAUGUGUGAGAGGCACCUGCACUGGCACACCGUGGCUAAAGAGUCCUGUAGAGACCGCACCAUGAAUCUCCAUGACUACGGCAUGCUGUUGCCAUGUGGCAUCGACCGUUUCCGAGGGGUGGAGUUUGUGUGUUGCCCGGCAGACACGCAUCGCGAGUCAGAGAGCGUCGAGCUGACUGAGUCUGACGUGUGGUGGGGCGGAGCCGAGACUGAAUACACCGAUAAUGGCAUGCUUCACCAGGCGGAUCAGGGGGCUGCCACCACUGAGGAUGAUGAGGAUGCCUUCGAUAGGGAAGAGGACGGUGAUGAGGAUGAAGAUGAUGUGACUGACAAACGGGACAGUGGUGAACGCACCUCCAACAUCGCCAUGACAACUACCACCACGACCACCACCGAGUCGGUUGAGGAAGUUGUCAGAGUGCCCACCAUGGCCCCUGCCCCCCCUGACGUAGUCGACCAUUACUUGGAGUCUACUGGAGACGACAACGAACACGCCGACUUCCAGAAGGCCAAAGAGAGUCUGGAGGCCAAGCACCGUGAGAGGAUGUCCCAGGUGAUGAGAGAGUGGGAGGAGGCAGAGAGGCAGGCCAAGAGUCUCCCUCACGCUGACAAGAAGGCUGUCAUUCAGCACUUCCAGGAGAAGGUGGAGGCCCUGGAGCAGGAGGCAGCAGGAGAGAGACAGCAGCUGGUUGAGACCCACAUUGCCCGGGUGGAGGCCCUGCUCAACAGCUGCCGUCGCAUGGCCCUGGAUAACUACCGUAGCGCCCUGCAGGCCAACCCACCCAGGCCUCGUCAGGUGCUGGGGCUUUUGAAGAAGUAUGUCCGUGCGGAGCAGAAGGACAGACAACACACCCUGAAACACUACGAACACGUCCGCAUGGUGGACCCCAAGAAGGCUGCUCAGAUCCGACCCCAGGUGAUGACCCACCUGCGUGUGAUUGACGAGAGGAUGAACCAAUCCCUGGGGCUGCUCUUCAAAGUGCCCAGCAUGGCCAACAAAAUCCAAGACCAAGUUUCAAUCCUGAUGCAGAGGGUUCAGUCAGAGCUGUCUCAGCAAGUCUCAUCUCUGCAGAGUGAUGAGAGGACUGAUGUCAGGGUGAGCUAUGGGAACGAUGCCCUGAUGCCUGACCAGGCCUACAGCUCUGCCCCUCUGGACACUGGCAUGGGCCUGGAAAGACUCGGCUUCAUCCACCCAGAGAGUUUCAACCAACCCAACACCGACAACCAUGCAGUUGAGCCUGUUGACGCUCGUCCACUUCCAGAUAGAGGUCUGCCCACUCAGCCUGUCUCUGCUCUGAGGCCUGAGGAGUUCCAUGAGGUGCGGAUGGAGAAAGGAGAGUGGCAAAGCGCCAGCUAUAGAGUACAUCAUCAAAAAUUGGUGUUCUUUGCUGAGGAUGUUGGCUCCAACAAAGGUGCCAUCAUUGGGCUGAUGGUGGGCGGGGUUGUCAUAGCGACAGUCAUCGUCAUCACUCUGAUCAUGCUGAGGAAGAAGCAGUACACCUCCAUCCAUCACGGAGUCAUCGAGGUGGAUGCUGCAGUGACCCCAGAGGAGCGACACCUGUCCAAGAUGCAGCAGAAUGGUUAUGAGAACCCCACCUACAAGUUCUUCGAACAGAUGCAGAACUAAGGAGCUACCCUUUGAUCCCUCACUGACCCUGAACCCUCCUUAACCCCUCACACCUAGGCCCCGUUGCAUUUUGGUCCCUAAACCCUUCUCCUCGCUCCUACUCUUAAUUUCAAUGGAUCUUAAAGGACUGGAUUGGUGAAACCAGUAUGACUGAAGCUCCACGUAAAUCUAUUGGGUUAGAAAGAGCCGUGGUCAUAUUACUUAUAGCUACCCAGGGGUGGUGAAGGCCAAGGGACUAGGAGGCUAAAUGGAACCAAGCCACACACUCACCAUCUCUUCCUCGUAGAGUGCAGCACAUCAACAUCCAUAGCUGGCAUUAGUCAGACAAGGGUAUCCUUCUUCACCUACACAUUUUUAGCCAAUCACAGGUGAGAUCCUGUAGCGUUUGUACAGAGUAGAGAAACACAUUGAUUUAUCUGUCCAUGUAUCUGUGGGUUGGCCCUCCCCCACAGUACAGCACUCACAUCUCUAAGAGGGCUAAACAGAGGCCUCAUAUACACCUGUAAUCUUCCUCCCUCUGAAGUACUCUCCUCUCCCCCCCCUCCUCCCUCCAUCUCUCCCACUGCCCCUCAGAUGACGGCUGUGCUGUUUUUGGUGAUGAUAUAACAGCUCUUAGUGCUAGUGAAGGGAGGAUGGGCUCAGUCUACCCUGAGCUCCUCUCUGCAGGAUUAUAUCCCAAGAGUUUCAGGUUUGUUUUUCAGGUAAAACAUAUAUACAAAAUAUAUAUAUAUAUAUAUAUAUAUAUAUAUAAUGUCCUCAGAAAUAUGUAAAUGAAGAAAUAUUGAAUGUUUUUAUUUUGUGCAAAAUGUAUUGAAACAAGGCAGAAAAAAGCUGUAACUAUAUGUAGUGCAUGGUGAUAUUGAUGACGGAUAUACAUAGAGAACCUGGCUCCUGUCGUGGGGACUGGGCCUCACAUGUACACUUAGCAGGAUCGAACAUUUUACUGUCUUCUUUUAUCUUGUGAUAUGAAGAGAAAAAAAGUUUUUCAAAUCUG